UAAAAUUCACAAUCGGGUUCACACCUCGUUAACACCGCCAUUAGUCUCCCUUUACAUUCGCUGAUUGGUGAUUUACAUUUGCGACCAAAUAGCAUCUUUACUGCUGUUUACCAAAGGUUGGCGACACUGAAGAGUGAACAGGGGCAUUAGAUAUAAAAAGUCGAGCUUCCUGGAUCCAGCAGUCACUCCGACUCCAAGUUGCUGUGCGGUUCGAGGACACUGAUGCACCAGGAAUCUACCCACACCUCCGAGAUGCUGACGCUUAUUUUCAUCAGCUUUGCCGCUUUCCUGUGCAGAGCCGCUGCACGGCCUUCAGCCCACUACACGGAGAACCACUUUACCGCCGAUAACGAGUCAGGGGAAGUCCGUUCAGCCGCCAUCAAGAGGCUUUUGGAAGUUUUUGGGAUGGAGGACCCCCCUGCUAUCCAUGGACACAAGCAGCCACCUCAGUAUAUGCUCGAUCUGUACAACACGGUUGCAGACGUGGACGGUGUGACCAAGGACCCGUAUCUUCUGGAGGGGAAUACUGUGCGCAGCUUCUUUGACAAAUUGCGCAGUGAACAGGUGGAGUUCAGGUUCAAUUUGUCAACGGUUGCAAGAACCGAGAAGAUCCUCACCGCAGAGCUCCAUCUUUUCAAGCUGCGACCUCAGGCCACGCAGACAUUCAACAGGCAUCACUUCUGCCAGGUCAGUGUUUAUCAGCUGCUUGACAGAAGCAAAAACAACAACACGCUGGAGAAGAAGCUGUUGUCUUCUCGACUCAUCCCAGUCCACUCUACUGGCUGGGAAGUGUUCACAAUCACACAAGCUGUCCGCUCCUGGAUGGCAGAUGAAGGCAGCAACUUGGGGCUCCACGUGGUGGUUCGGACACUGGGAGGAAGCCAGAUGGAUUUGAAACUGAUCCGCUUUGCUUCCGGGCGCAACCACCAUCAGAGCAAGCAGCCCAUGUUGGUGCUUUUCACAGAUGAUGGUCGUCACUCUGCAAACCUUGAAAACGCAGAUCCAAGCGAUGGCACAGUGACUUCCAGCCUGCUUCAAGCCCCCAUGUCGGGCCCGUCCUCCCGCAGCGCUCGUUCUCUGGACUACAGCGAGGAGGAGGGGGUGUCCAUGCCCUGCCAGCGCCUGCCCCUCUACGUAGAUUUCGAGGAGAUCGGCUGGUCCGGCUGGAUCGUAUCUCCCAGGGGUUACAACGCGUAUCACUGCAAAGGCUCCUGCCCCUUCCCUCUGGGUCAGAACAUGAGACCAACCAACCACGCCACCGUCCAGUCCAUCAUCAAUGCCCUGAAGCUGUUCAAAGGCGUCGAGACGCCCUGCUGCGUGCCCGACAAGCUCUUCUCCAUCAACCUGCUCUACUUUGACGACGACGAGAAUGUGGUGCUGAAGCAGUAUAACGACAUGGUGGCUGGGAGCUGUGGCUGCCACUGACAUCAACCAGAGACUAGU